UUUUAAGUCGAAGUUACCAAUUCUCUUGUUGAGUUGCAGACGUUCCGUGAACGUGUGCAAUUCGUUUUACGAAUUACCUAAUCUGUAUCUUUUUUAAGUGGCAGUCUUAUUUCGACUAUUUUAAUAAAAAUUAAAAUGUUCUUUUCAAUUAAGAAUAUAUGCAACUGAAAAAAAAAUCACCCCGUUUACGCAUAUAUUAGACGCAGGAUAAUAAAGAAAAAGAAAUUAGGAUUUUUUAUUUUAAGUUCUAUUGUAAAUAUUAUAAAAAUAGUUUCGACUUUUUACACUUUUUUUAGUUAAUGUUGAAAAGAAUUAAAAUGGCUGCCGAUACUCUGCGAGUUUUAAGAAAAAGACCAUUAGAAGAAUAUGAUGAUGAUUAUAAACCUUUGUCAAAACGAAUGMACAGCAUGUAUUUGAAAGAUGGCCCACUUGCCGGUGAAAACCAUUCAGCAGUCACAAAUGCCUAUGGUAAUGCAUCUACAUCAGCACAAUAUAGCCAGCAAACGGUCACUAAUUAUAAUCAUACAGAUGGAAAUAGUCAACAAAACAUAAGAGUUGAAGAGCCACAAAAUUUACAUUAUGACCCAGAUCUGACUUCUGAUCAAAAUCCGUUCUACUAUGAGAGCAACAGAUUAUUAUUUGACCUUCAUGUUGAAAGGGUGCAUCGUCACGGUCAAUAAUAAUAUUAAUUUACACUACAAUAAAUAUUUGUUUUACUCUAAAAUUAAAAUAUUUACUGACUAUAGUCCCUCAUGGCAUAAUAUCAUAUAAUAAUGUGUCAACUUUGAUUUGGCUAUAUUAUUACUUAGUGUUCAUUUAUUUUUGUUAAUUUUUCAUCAACUAGUAAUGAACAUAUUAUAUUUAUAAGAAUUUGUUGACCUUGUGUUUCCUAUUUUAGCCAUUUAUAGGCUUAAAAAUAAAAUUUUAGUUUUAAGGAACCAGAUGGAAUAUUUUGUUAAGAAUAUUAAUUUAAUUUUCAAUAAUGCAAUAAUUCUAUAGAUAUUGAAGUAAAUCUAACUACAAUAAUUUACUUAGUWUACUAAGUUAACUACGAUUUAAAAUUUUGUAUUAUUUGUCUUCAUCUUAAAUUUAAAUUUAUUCCCAGGGGCCAAUUCAAAAUAUGUCAUUGUGUGAUUCAUUAAUAUUAAGUUAGUAUUUGCUUAUUUUUGUUGCUCAUUUUUACUUGUAACUACCUAUUUU